AUGAUGAAUGGUAAGAUGAGGAUGUGCAAAUCGGAGAGCGCAUUGAAAACGUUGUUGCCGGAGAAACGAGUUCAACGACAUGCUUCAAUGUUGGAACAUGGUUUGGACAAGGGGAAGAAGGGUGCCAUUGCACCACAACCUAACCAUGUCGAUGACAAGAAGGCUGAGAAAGCAGACAAAAUCAUGCACUUGAUUUGUUGGGGACCAACCCUGGCUUAG